GCUGCGUCACAGCUCAAACUGACAGGAAGAAAGAGCGCAGCACAUGUCUCUUGCAAUACAGAGUAUGCCUGCUUGAUUCUCUUUGUAGCCUUAUGUUUUCCUGAGAGCUUCUCAACACUUUCCUCAUUCUUCCCCGUUUUGCUGGACCACUAGAAGGCUUUAAGACAAGCAUUUCUUUUUGCCAUGUCUCUGCCUUCCACGCUGUCUUGCUUUCUCUUUAUCUCUCUAUAGUGCUGUGUUGUUGCGUCCCCCCUUCACCCCACCCCUGAAGGUCUGAGCGUGUGGCUGUGUUUGGGUCAGGGUGCAGGGCAGGUUGUUGGGGUGAGUGGGGCACAGGGGCAGAUGGCCCUCAGUGUGUAGCCACAGGGAGGGACCGCUGGACCACUGGUGAGUGGAAAAGACUAGAGGAGAACAGAGGAGAUUGUGAGCUCGGCAGACAUGGGAUGCUGUAGCGUGACUCCGAUAACCACAGGCAUUGACGAGGUGGGCCCAGAUGAAAUUGAACUCCUAGAGAUCGACGGGGCAGGGGUGUGGACUCUGGGGGAGAGUAAGCUCCAAGUUUCAACGAGGAGCGAGACAGAAGAGGCUCCUCCACCGCCUCGCUGUCCGUCUCUGAGGCAUCUCAAGCAGGAGGUCCCAGAUCCUGUCUCUUCAAGAGAGUCUACUCAGAAGAGGAACUCGCAAGUGGUGCUGUGGGGGUGGACUAAGGGUGAGCUACACCAAAGGCUGUACACUCAUCCCGUCAGAGACUGGGAGGGCCGAGCGCCUCACUCCUAUGGAGACAUAAUAUACUCCUCGCUCGUAUCUUUACACAACGGCUACACAAAGGUGAUGAGUGAAAGAUAUCUGGUUCUGUUCUCCUUUCAUUUAUUAAUCCUUGCUCUGGACAACUCAAACCAUGAUUUCAUCUAUGAGGGCAUUCUUCCUCUGUCAGCAAUUGAGGUACGAGUGAUUUCUCAACAGGACUCUACUGCACCACACACGUUCGAGAUUAGUGGGCCCAUGGUGGACUCAAAGAUUUUCAUCUGUGCUAAUGCUGCUGACAGAAAGUGCUGGAUAGAGAACAUAGAGGACAGGAGAUACAAAUCUCUCAGGCAGCAGAUCAGCCCCUCUCACAGUGCCCUCUCCUACCUGUUACCAUGUAAUGAGAGCUGGAAGAGGGAGGAGCUGAAGAGGUACUUACUGAGGUCUCCAAUCUGGCAAUGGGAGGGGACUCCUAUUCAACACAUGGGCCAGCCACUGUACCUGUCACUGGUCAAUGUCAGCAACUUGCAGACACACGGAUCUCAGGAGCGUCUUCUUGUGCUCUUUCCUUCGGACCUCCUAAUUCUGUCUGUGGACUCUCAACGGGUUCAUGUAAAAUAUGAGGGUCGUCUUCCACGAAAAAGCAUUACAGCUUUGGAGCGAUCUGCCCUGCCUGGGAGACUUGAAUUUGAACUCACAGGGGAUUUAAUGGAACCCUUUCUGGUCUCAUGUACUUAUCCAGAGGAUUAUCAAAGCUGGAUCUUCCAGUUACAGCAGCCUGCAAAGGUACCUCAUACGAUUCCCAACCACACGCCUCCACCUCUCAUACCGAAGAAGCGCAGGAGCUGAAGGAGAGAAGAAAGCUGUGAUGGUGUUUAACAGUAAGCUACAAAUGAAGGACAAAAUUGUGGAGAACGUCUGUGAUGAGUCAUAAAACUUUGAGUCUUUUGUGAUGACUAAGUUCCGUUGCUAUGAUCUAGCAAAAAAAGCUUGAAGCUUGGCCUGAUGUCUGUGUAUAGCAAAUAUCUGACAAGCAGGAAAUUGUACAGAAAUGCUUUUGGUCUCAAAGGGGAAGUCCACCAGUUUUCAAGGUUUCUGCAGAAUUCAGUCAGCUAUUUAUUUAUUUUUUUACUAUCCAAAAUGACCAGUGAACCUACGUGGGUUGUGAGACAUAUUUGUGAACAUAUUUUUGAUAUAGAAUGUAGAAAGGAAAACACUUUCUUUACAUUUUAGUUAUUGAAUUAUGCACAAAUUUUGAAAAUUUGAUAGAAUUCCCCUUUAAGGUACAGUUGAACUUCUAAAUGCAUUGUUUAGAUACGAGUAGGAUGUGCUGAUGUGCAGUGAUGUCUCCUGAAAUGCAUGUGUUUUUAUUAAGCAAAGCAGUCUGUGUGCUUUUCUACAAAGCUUUGUUGUGUCAAACAAGUACAUGUUUCUUUGAGAUGUAAUAAAUUACUUUAAUUAGAGGCGCAUUCCUGA